AUGCCCUUAGCCAUAGCUGUGGUCACCAAAGCCACUGCCGUAUCUCAAGUGCCCAGUGCUUUGCAAGGCCUCUCGAAACCUCAUGGCUUUUUGCUCACUCGACUGCGCAUGUUAGAGCAAGCGCUUGUGGUGGAACAAGCCCUUCGUGAAGUGGCUCGUGCUGCGCUCUCCGGUGGAGAUGGAUUGCCCAGUCCACCAUUAUCCCGAGUUCAAAAUCUCACCGUUUGUCUGUCCAACAAACUCGCCUCUGCUGGACCGAGAAAGCGCAUCGCUUUACCGAAGGAUCCAUAUGCACGCGAGGCGACGCGCCGUGCCGUUAUGUCGCUCCAGGAUGUACUGGAAGAUUUUUACGCUGAUCUGCCUGGCUUACCGGCUUUCGUCGUGUACACUGAAACUGAUGGCAAUUCCAUGAGUAAUACUGAUACAGAUGCGAUGGACGAUAGUCACAUUGUUGACAAUGCUACUGGUGAUACACAUGACACUCUGACUCGUGCAACAGCUCGUACUUCAUCCCCCUCGAUCACCUCUCGAGUGAGACAGCCUGCUCAACCCUCAAUGUUCAUUGAAAUUUCCGAUGACGAAGAUAAUGAUGUGGACCAUGGUGGUGAUAAUGACGGCAAUCCUAUCCACGUCAGAACUUAG